AUGGACAUUAAGAAUGCGUUCUUGCAAGGUGAGCUUGAAAAUGAAGUCUAUAUGCGACCUCCACCGGGCUUAGAGGACACCAUUGGUCCAUGCAAGGUCUUUAAACUUAAGAAAGCAAUUUAUGGUCUCAAACAGUCUCCAAGAGCAUGUGAAGUAGGGAAACUUGGAUCUAAAGCAGUCUCAACACCACUUGAAGAAAACUAUAAACCAGGAGGAAAGGGGGAGCUUGAUGCAGCUCCAUUCGAUGAUGUCAAGCAAUAUCAGCGCUUAGUAGGUAAACUCAUAUACCUCACUAUCACACGACCUGACAUUUGUUUUGCUGUGAACCAGGCGAGCCAGCACAUGCGGAAUCCAUCCAUGCACCACUGGAACAUGGUGAACCGGAUACUCCAAUACAUCAAGAGCUCGUCGGGACAAAGAAUUUGGAUGGGACGCAAUGAGAGCACCGAGCUUGUUGGAUAUUGUGAUGCUGACUACGCUGGAGAUCGUGAAGACCGUCGUUCAACCACAUGCUACUGUACGUUUCUUGGAGGGAACCUAGUCACAUGGAAAAGCAAGAAACAAAGGUGGUAUCACUAUCGAGUGAUGAGGCCGAAUAUAGGGCCAUGA